CACCCAGCCGCAGAGCGUGAGGCACUGCGGAAGUACUUUUUCUGUCAAAUAACCUAAACAUUGCUACUUGGCAGAGGAGAGGGCUUUGGUAAGUGCCGAUCAGCAGGGCCGGCUUCCGCCCCGAGGCUGGAACAGAGCCGUGACACAGACACAGAUCCGGGUGCCCCGGUUAGAGAGGAAGAUGCUGUGGGGGUCAGGAGACAGCAGUGGCACGAGCUUCACUCCUCUGGUGGUGGUGGAGUUGGCCUCAGACACCAGGGAUGAAGCCAUUGCAUGGCUGCUGAGGAGGAUAAGAGACAAACAACAGAAUGGAGGAGCUGAGCUGCUGGUGGAUCAGCUGGGUCCUGGAGUUGGGGGUCAGGAGAAGGAAAAUCCCAACAUGUUCCUGGUGGGAGCUACCUUGCAGAGGCUGCUCUCUGGUGCUGAGGAGGUGGGCCUCUUCAAGGAGUUCAAUGAUGGAUCCAUGAGAGGCUUCACCUGUGCCAACAAACACAACUUCACUGAUUUUAAAGGGGAUGGGGACGGCUUCCUCAGUGUGGCUGAGUGCCAGUACAUCAUUAAACACGAGCUGGAUACGUUAAGAGCUCAAGAUGAGACUCAUGUACCAGGACACACCCAGGCCAAGCUCUACCCUGGGAAAUCUAUCAUUCGCAGACUGCAGUCCAAGGGGAUCCUGAUCCAAAUCUUUCCUCUACAUGAACAGGAGGAACUCAAGAGACUGUCUUUUUCUUGGUACAAAAAGUUGAAGUUGUCUCUCCAGCCUCUUGAUGACAUCAGACACUACUAUGGUGAAGGUCAGGCCCUUUACUUUGGCUUCCUGGAGUACUUUACCUUUGCCCUGGUGCCUAUGGCUCUCAUUGGAGUGCCUUACUACCUGUUUGACUGGGAGGACUACGACAAAUAUGUCAUCUUUGCUGUUUUUAACUUGGUCUGGUGCACUGUCAUCCUGGAGUUAUGGAAGCGCUACAGCGCCUCACUAGCCUACUGCUGGGGGACACUGAGCAGGAAGAAGGCCUUUGAAGAACCUCGUCCUGGUUUCCACGGCGUCCUCGGGUUCAACCCUGUGACGGGCCGAGAGGAGCCUCUCUACCCCAACACCAAGAGGCAGCUGCGUGUCUACCUUGUGUCCCUGCCCUUUGUCCUGCUUUGCCUCUACCUGUCCCUCUACGUCAUGAUGAUCUACUUCCAGAUGGAGGGAUGGGCGCUGUCAGUCCACAGUGAGGACCCCACAUCCUGGACAGGAAUACUGCUGUUCAUCCCCAGUAUUAUCUACGCCGUGGUCAUAGAGAUUAUGAACCUCAUCUAUAGAUAUGCUGCUGAGUUUCUUACUGAGUGGGAAAAUCACAGACUGGAGUCUUCAUAUCAGAAUCACUUGGUCCUCAAAGUAUUAGUUUUCAACUUCUUCAACUGUUUCGCCUCGCUGUUUUACAUCGCCUUUGUCAUGCAGGACAUGGUGCUGCUCAGACAGAGUCUGGCCACCUUGUUGAUUACCAGUCAGAUCUUGAAUCAGUUCAUGGAGGCCUUCCUGCCUUACUGGCUCCAGAGGAGACGCAACAAGAAGAUGAUCCGCAAAGUGGAGAAGAGAAGAACUCUGCAGGACAAAGUGCUUCCUCUGGUCGAGCAGGUCCGGCUGGAGGCCGACAUGAGCACCUACCUGGGUACAUUUGAUGACUACCUGGAGCUCUUCCUGCUGUUUGGUUACGUCAGUCUGUUCUCCUGCGUCUACCCUCUGGCUGCUGUCCUUGUGGUGUUGAACAACAUCACAGAGGUUUACUCUGACGCCUUCAAGAUGUGCCACGUCUUUAAACGACCCUUCUCUGACCCGGCAGCAAACAUAGGAGUCUGGCAGCUCGCCUUUGAGGCCAUGAGUGUGAUAGCUGUUGUGACCAACUGUGCGCUGAUCGGCAUGUCUCCACAAGUUGAGGCUUAUUUCCCCGACUCAGAGACACAGCUCAUACUGUGGACAGUGGCUGUUGAGCACGGGCUGCUGGCCUUCAAGUUCAUCCUGACCUUCCUCAUCCCAGAUGUUCCCAAACACAUCCAGAUCAAACUGGCCCGCCUUGAGUUUGAAUCACUGGAGGCCCUCAAGAAGAAGAGACAGCUCCAUGGAGGAAGAUGCUCGAAGCCUCGGAGCUCAGUAAGACGGUCCAGUGAGGAGGAGUGGAAGGCGCACAAAUGACCGACGGCCGCUUCACACAGCUUUACGGGAUCACACCGUUGUUUACACACAUAUACUUGUAUGUAUUAAGACAAAGCGACAUGCUAUUUCAGAGUUUGUGUCACGUAUUUAUCUGCAAUAUGUAUUGACUGCAUUACUGAAGGGGUUGAGGUUAGAAAUGGGGCAAACUGUGGUUCAGUACUCCCAAGGGUCUGAUGGCAGACCAGUGCUUUAGAUACAUGCUUGUACACCUGAUGUGUUCUGUUGCUCUUUUAAUGUACUGAAAUGGGGUUUUACUUUGGAGUGCUGUGCACAGUGAAUAAAUAGUGGGAUAAAUAAGUUACAUUUGGUAAAAGCGAGGCUUUCAAAUCACAGAAGAGUGCUGUAUUUUGACAUUACAUGACGUAGCAAAUACUAAUUUUAUAUCCAUAACUGUUUAGAAAAGUUUUAUUAUAUGUGUGUUCUGUUCAGCCACUGUUGUCACUUUGGGUGGGGUUUUAAUCUGUACUGUGGUUUGGGAUUAUGUACAAUUUAAGGUUUGUCCACCUACAGAUAGGAUCACUGAGUUAUAACCAACAUACAGAGUAAACAAGCUUCACCAAAGACUCCAUCUGAUAACUUACUCGUUUAAAUGUUAAAAUGUGUCAGUAUUAAAGCUGUUUGUAAUGA